AUGAAUCCAGGUUUGGUUACAAGCCUCUGCCUAAUUUGUGCAAGCCUGGUCCAUGUUGUUUCUCCUGAAAAGGAUUGUCCUGUUAAGACUGUCAUCCAGCAAACCUUCAACUUGGCUUCUCAUCUGAAAGGCAAUAGUUCCAUCCUCCUUGAGACCUAUCUGAGACAUCAAGGUAGUCCAUUUACGGAUAAAGAUUUCCAUGUCCAAGGACUAAGUUAUGAUGGAGUCCCUGCGGCAGCCAUUUCUUUCCUGGAAUGGCGACUCCUCAGUGACCUUGACCGUCUGGACAAGAAUUACAAAGCUUAUAGCAUUAUCUCAGAAUUCUUGCAGCUGGUCUGGGAUGAUCAAUUUGAACUCAACCCCACCGAAGAUGGCCUUCUAAACAUGCUGAAAGAUACCCGGCUGCAGGUCCAGGGCCUUGUUAACAACUUGACCAUCAUCAUAUCUGCCUUGAGGGCCCCACCCUCGCCUGUUACUGACCCUCUCACAUUGGAUGCCAUUAAAACAAACACCUUUGAGAAAAAAGUUCGGGGAUACGUGGUGUGUUCCACAUACAAGCAAUGGAUUGAUCGGACUGUACGAGACUUCAAUCUUCUUGUGAAGAAAUACCCUUUUUAA